AGCGAGGGCGGGGGAAGGCGAGGAGGCGGGAUCCGGGAGCUGCGUCGGCUGCGGCCUGCCACCGAGGGGGCGGCCCCUGGCGGAGCGCAAGACCCAGGGGCUCGGGUGGGGGGGAGCCGAGUAUGGACCCGGCCGAGGCGGUGCUGCAAGAAAAAGCGCUCAAGUUUAUGUGCUCUAUGCCCAGGUCUCUGUGGCUGGGCUGCUCCAGCCUGGCGGACAGCAUGCCUUCGCUGCGAUGCCUGUAUAACCCAGGGACGGGCGCACUCACAGCUUUCCAGAAUUCCUCAGAGAGAGAAGACUGUAAUAAUGGCGAACCCCCUAGGAAGAUAAUACCAGAGAAGAAUUCACUUAGACAGACUUAUAACAGCUGUGCAAGACUCUGCUUAAAUCAAGAAACAGUAUGUUUAACGGGUACUGUAAUGAAGAAAGAAAACUGUGUGGCCAAAACAAAACUUGCCAAUGGCACUUCCAGUAUGAUUGUGCCCAAGCAACGGAAACUCUCAGCAAGUUAUGAGAAGGAAAAGGAACUGUGUGUCAAAUACUUUGAACAGUGGUCAGAGUCUGAUCAAGUGGAAUUUGUGGAGCAUCUUAUAUCCCAGAUGUGUCAUUACCAACAUGGGCACAUCAACUCCUAUCUUAAACCGAUGUUACAGAGGGAUUUCAUAACUGCUCUACCAGCUCGGGGUUUGGAUCACAUUGCUGAAAGUAUUCUCUCAUACCUGGAUGCCAAAUCAUUAUGUGCUGCUGAACUUGUAUGCAAAGAAUGGUACCGAGUGACGUCUGAUGGCAUGUUAUGGAAGAAGCUCAUCGAAAGAAUGGUCAGGACUGAUUCUCUGUGGAGAGGUCUGGCAGAACGAAGAGGGUGGGGACAGUAUUUAUUCAAAAACAAACCUCCUGAUGGAAAUGCUCCUCCCAACUCUUUUUAUAGAGCACUUUAUCCUAAAAUUAUACAAGACAUUGAGACAAUAGAAUCUAAUUGGAGGUGUGGAAGACAUAGUUUACAGAGAAUUCACUGCAGAAGUGAAACAAGCAAAGGUGUUUACUGUUUACAAUAUGAUGAUCAGAAGAUAGUAAGCGGCCUUCGAGAUAAUACCAUUAAGAUCUGGGAUAAAAGCACACUGGAAUGCAAGAGAAUUCUCACAGGCCACACGGGCUCUGUACUGUGUCUCCAGUAUGACGAGAGGGUGAUCAUAACUGGAUCAUCGGAUUCCACAGUCAGAGUAUGGGAUGUAAACACAGGUGAAAUGCUGAACACGUUGAUUCACCAUUGUGAAGCAGUUCUGCACUUGCGUUUCAAUAAUGGCAUGAUGGUGACCUGCUCCAAAGAUCGCUCCAUUGCUGUCUGGGAUAUGGCCUCCCCAACUGAUAUUACCCUUCGGAGGGUGUUAGUUGGACACCGAGCUGCUGUCAAUGUUGUAGAUUUUGAUGACAAGUACAUUGUUUCUGCAUCUGGAGAUAGAACUAUAAAAGUAUGGAACACAAGUACUUGCGAGUUUGUAAGGACCUUAAAUGGACACAAACGUGGCAUCGCCUGUUUGCAGUACAGAGACAGGCUGGUUGUGAGUGGCUCAUCUGACAAUACAAUCAGAUUAUGGGACAUAGAAUGUGGUGCGUGCUUACGAGUCUUAGAAGGCCAUGAAGAAUUGGUGCGCUGUAUUCGAUUCGAUAACAAGAGAAUUGUUAGUGGGGCCUAUGAUGGAAAAAUUAAAGUGUGGGAUCUUGUAGCUGCUUUAGACCCUCGUGCUCCUGCAGGGACUCUCUGUCUUCGGACACUUGUGGAGCAUUCUGGAAGAGUUUUUCGACUCCAGUUUGAUGAAUUCCAGAUUGUCAGUAGUUCUCAUGAUGACACAAUCCUCAUUUGGGACUUCCUAAAUGACCCAGCAACUCAAGUCGAACCUCCCAGAUCCCCUUCUCGAACAUAUACCUAUAUUUCCAGAUAAAUAAUCAGAAAUGACCUCAUAUUUGCCCAGGACUCAUUAACGUUGUGGUAUUUAACGUAUCUGCCAAUACCAGGAUGAGCAGCAGCAGUAACAAUCAGACUAUCGGACUACGAUCCACCUUCCCGGGCUAGCUGAGGAGCAGGGCUUUGAGACUCCUAUUGGGACACAGUUGGUCUACAGUCGACCCAGGAUGGUCUUCUCAGCACAGCGGACUGCUUCCAUGCUGCUAUCUGAAGAUGUCUUUUAUCUCUCAUGAAUGAUUGGAACUUUUAAACCUUACCUCACUUUCCCUUCUCCUUUCCCCUCUACACCUGUUUAUUCCUCAUUUGAUUCCAGACAGAGAUGUCCUAUAAACAUAUUUAGUGUUUUGCAGAAUCUCUCUUGCUUUGCCCAGUAAGCAGAAGAACUAGUUUCUCUCUAGUCAGUCCACAGGGAAAGACUCACUUUUAGGGGACAGAGGGCUACAGCUUCAAACCAGCACCUAUUGUCCCCCCAGAAACUGUAGAAUGCCCAGUGCUUGGCCAGAUCAGCCCAGUUCGUGUCCUUAAGAGGAGAGAGUUUGCCUGUGUAGCUUCUGGGGCAAGAAAGACAGAAUAAAAUGCUAGAAGAACCUGG